AUGCUGCAGCAGCUCAUGUACCACCAAGAUGACAUUGAGAACCGUAAUAGAGGGAACAAUAUCAGGAUCAGUGGUAUCCCUGAAAAAGUAGAACACAAGGACCCAGCAGGAGCAGUCACUGCCAUCUUUAACCAACUUCUCCAGCAGCCUAAGGAUGCCCACAUUGAGUUGGAUCGAGUACACAGGACCUCGGGCCAGAGAAAUCCUGACUCCUCCUUUACCCGCGACAUGCUGUGCAGGGUACACUUUUAUAAAGUCAAAGAAGAGAUCAUGAGAGCCAUCAGUACACAGGAUUCCAUUCGGCUGAAUUACACCCUUGUCAUGCUGCUACCGGACCUCUCGUGCCAAACACUAGCCAUGAGACGUGCUCUUAAACCAAUCACAUCUCUCCUCCAAGAGAAGCAUAUUAAAUAUCAAUGGAGGUUCCCUUUCCAGCUACGGGUUCAUCAUGAAGUGGCUAAUGUAUAUGGACCGAACCAAGACCAAGGGAGCUUCCUGUCCGUGGUUCUGAACAAGUUACUCUCUUUUGGCGGUCCCUGUUUCAUUCUAGAUGGUGACCUCAAUGUGACCCUUUCUCCAGCCGUGGACACUUCCUCAGGUUUUUCGGAUGAUCCUCUUUUACAGACUAAAGUGGGAAACUGUAACCUACACUUCACACCGGAUGAUUGGGAUGCCAUGCUGGCAAACCUUCGGAGGUCCACCAAAUCACUAGUGGUUAGAGAAACGGCGUAUAAGAUCAGUAGUAGAUCUUCAACAUUGUUCUGUAAUGUAAACCUUGUUAAAAAUCAAUUUUCAAAACUCUCCAGCAAGCCCUCAAAUCGAAUUUGGACUAUAAAACCAGUGGGUCGACUUGGCAAUCAGAUUGGGCAAUAUGCAACUCUUUACUCCCUUGCCAAACUAAAUGGACAUCCAGCUUAUGUCGUUCCAAGAAUGCAUGAAACCUUGUCCAAGUUAUUUAAGAUUAACUUGCCUAUGAUUGCCCAAGAAGUACAUGAUUGUAUCAAAUGGAGAGAGUAUCCGAUCAAGAACUGGAUGUGUCCAGAGUACAAGAAUAUUUCGGGUCAGUAUGUUAAACUGGUUGGAGUGCCUUGUUCAUGGACCUUUCAUCAACAUAUCUGGGAGGAGAUACAUCAGGAGUUUACUUUCCAUGACUUUGUUAAAGAAGAAGCCAAUGCCUAUCUUUCUAAUGUCAAAGGAGACAGGGAAAAUGUCACAUUUGUUGGGGUCCAUGUCCGUAGAGGGGACUAUGUUGGAAUUAUGCCCAAGAAAUGGAAAGGAGUUGUAGCAGACAAGGAUUAUUUGCAAAAAGCCAUGGAUUACUUCAGAAAUAAGUAUGAAAACCCACUUUUUAUUGUGACCAGUAAUGGGAUGGCUUGGUGUAAAGAGAAUAUUAAUAACUCAUUGGGAGAUGUUCAUUUAGCUGGAGAUGGAAAUGAAGCCUCUCCUACUCGAGAUUUUGCACUAUUAACACAUUGUAACCACUCAAUAAUAACUAUUGGGACUUUUGGGAUUUGGGUUGCUUAUCUUGUGGGAGGUGAAACAGUUCAUCUUUCAAAUUUUUUGUUACCAAAUUCUCCUUACUUUAGAUUUUUCAAGUAUGAAACAUCUUAUCUCCCAGAAUGGAUUGGAAUCCCUGCUAAUCUGUCUUCACUUUUAAAGGAAAAGACAUAACGUAUUUACCAAAACAAAAUACUGGUGUAGUCUUCAUAUGCACCACAGCACUAUAAUGUAAAUAUAAACCUUAAUUCAGAAGAAGGGACACAACACCACCUAUCGGUCCAUCAAUAUGACUAACAAAGACCAGUAGUUGGUGGGGCCAAAUGCAGACUUAAUAUUAGCAUAUUUGAAUGCUACAUAUUUUGGAUCUCCCGAUAUGUUCUAGUAGAUAGAAAAAAGUAAAUGAGCCACCUCUAAUGAAAAUGUACAUCCUGUGAUAUUUAUUUUUUCUUGAAUUGAUAGGACGAUGGUACUAUAUCAUUAUUUUUGUUCAGUAGUGACAAUUCGUUUUAUCAUACAGUAUGAUAUGAGUAUCCAUCCAUUUUACUGAACUUCAGUCUAUUGGAAAACCAAUACACUGCUUUAAAUAUGUUAGCCUUUGAAGUAGCUAUCUAAAGCCAUUGUAUACUUAUAUACUUUUUUUGCAAUGAAGAUUAAAUACAAUCUAGGACCUUACUUCUUGAUAAAAUUUACAAUUGUGCCGACUCUUCCAUUGCAUCAUGUUGAAUACAGGCUAAGAUUUCAAAGAUCAGACUAGAGCAAGCAGCUAUGACAUCAUAGUAAAAAGG